ACAUUAAGCGGGGGCUCCCAGGAGGCCACAGAGGCAGUAUUUCAAGCAAAGCUGCCUCUGCUCUCCAGGACUCUGAGGGUUUAAAACUUUUGUGCUGGACUCAACAAAAUGCAACAAGAGAUGUCUCUGACAGUAAUGGUCCUUUGUGUGGUUGUCUUCUGCCCUGGUGGUGUCUUCUCUGCCAGGGGCAACGUGAUGCAUAAACUGGCUGAAAGGAAGCUGUGUGCAGAUGAGGAAUGCAGCCAUCCGAUUUCAAUGGCUCGAUCACUGGCAGAUUACACAGGUCCUGACUGCAGAUUCAUCAAUAUCCGUCAGGGACAGAUCGUUUACAUUUAUGGAAAACUCAAAGGAAAGGGACGCAACUUUUGGCAAGGGACUGUUCAAGGUGAUUAUUUUGGAGAGCAAUCAACAACUCUUGGAUUUUUCCCAAAGUCGAUUGUGAAAGAGCUCCAACAACUAGUGACUGAACUUGUGGAAAUGCCGACAGUUGACUGGGAUUUCUACUGUUAGUGAAAGAAGAGGAUCAGAAAGGAAUCGUGCUCCCACCAGAAAACCAGCCAGUUAGUGCCAAUGGAGUGCCAUUAUUAAGUUAGGACUAAAACACACUGUAAGCUGUCUCACCAGAGACUGUAAUAAAUGGAAUUAUAACCA